UUUAUUAUGAGGACUUUAUGCUCUAGAGACCUCAGGCAAGGCUUCUCAUAGGAGGCUUUUUCAUAAAACUAAGCUCUGCUUGUAGUAAGGAGGCCAGUGCAGAACCAGGAGUGGAACUGAGCACAUCUCCCCAACACUGCAACUGUAUCCACCUUACCUCUCUCUCCCUCUCCUUUUUUCUCUGUUUUUCCCCUCUUUGGUGAGACCUCUAGAACCUUUUCAAUGUAUAAAAUGGAAUAUUCUUAUCUCAAUUCCUCUGCCUACGAGUCCUGUAUGGCUGGGAUGGACACUUCAAGCUUGGCUUCAGCUUAUGCUGAUUUCAGUUCCUGCAGCCAAGCCAGUGGCUUCCAGUAUAACCCAAUAAGGACCACUUUUGGGGCCACCUCUGGCUGUCCGUCCCUUACUCCAGGAUCCUGCAGCCUUGGAACGCUUAGAGACCACCAGAGCAGUCCAUAUGCAGCAGUUCCAUACAAGCUGUUCACUGACCAUGGGGGUCUAAAUGAGAAGAGGAAGCAGAGACGGAUCAGGACCACUUUUACCAGCGCUCAGCUGAAGGAGCUGGAGAGAGUGUUUGCCGAGACCCAUUACCCUGACAUAUACACCCGGGAAGAGCUGGCUCUGAAGAUAGACCUGACAGAGGCCAGAGUGCAGGUCUGGUUCCAGAACCGCAGGGCCAAAUUUAGGAAGCAGGAGAGGGCGGCAGCUGCAGCGGCAGCCGCGGCAAAGAACGGCUCCUCCAGCAAGAAAUCGGACUCCUCCAGAGACGAUGAAAGCAAAGAUAACAAGAGUACCGACCCUGACAGCACCGGCGGACCGGGCAGCAACCCCAACCCCACCCCGAGCUGCGGCGGAGGACCCAGUCCCGUGGGGGGCCAGGCCAAUGGGGUCCCACAAGAGCAAGUCAAAGGAGGAGUGCAGGGGGCUGGGGGCCUGUCUUCAGCAUCAGUGGUGGGGGGCACAGGAGGGGCACAAGGCUGGGCCACGGGUCCUGGUGGCACCAUCACCUCCAUCCCUGACUCCUUGGGAGGGCCCUUUGCCAGUGUGUUAUCUUCUCUGCAAAGACCCAACAGCACCAAAGCCACUCUAGUGAAGAGUAUGUUCUGAACUGAGCCCAUUCCCCUGCCCUGUCAUUAUUACUAGACAUGCCCUCUGUCAUGCCAGCUGCUGACCUCUUCUUAUUCUUAGUGAUAAUUCUCCCAAUUUUAAUGACAUGGGACAGGCAUCACCCUCAGCCACCAGAAGAUAAGGACUUCUCGGAAGUCUUCCACCCAACACCUUAGAAGGUGGAAGUAGGACCUCAUCUGGGAGGGUGGUGGUAUUUCUGGACUUCAGAUGUGGGACUUGUUCACCCAGAGCUGCUCCAGGGGUAGGAGCAGGUGUGUAGCUCCAAUAGAAAGCACCAAAAAAAGUGACUGGUACCUUCUAGAUCAAACACUGGUGCAAGAAUCAGAACCAUCCAUACAGACCCUGCCCACCCACUUCUACCACCUACACCUCUUCCUGCCAACUCAACCAUGGCUUUACCUGGACAGAUUCAUUGACCUUUUCACUUUCCAGUGGACACUGCCAGCCAACCAAGGGGGGGAAGGACAGAACUCUUUGAAAAAUAAAUAAUAAUUCUCCUCCAGUUAAACCUUUUUAUUUAAUAUUUCUCACAAUGCUACUGUAAAAAAAAUCAGA